AUGGCGUCGUUGGCCCAGGGGCUUCACGCCACGGCCCAAGCCGCGACUCGCCCACGCACCCACUACUGCACCGGCGGCUCACCCAACAAAACGCCCACGACCCCUGGCCUCGGCGUCCCCACCUCCACCCGGGCCUCAUCACCUCGCUUCUCACCCACCGCUCGCCCCUGGCUCACCCUCGGCUCACCCACCGCGCACCUUCGGCUCACCUCCCAUUUCUGGCCGAUGCCUACAACGUCGAGGUCUUUCAAUGCGUGGCCACAAUCGAAGAUUGAAAAAAUAGUUCGCGCUAUCAAGAUGGCGAGGCGUCGGAGUCGAUCUGACGACGGAAGCCCUCGCUCCGAAUCAUUUCGCAUGGAGUCCGAGGCAAGUGACGCCGACUCCGAAACCGACUUGUCAACCCCGGAACCACCCUCGGUCGAUGGCUAUGCAGAUGGUACGAAGACCCAGAUUGCGGCUAUGGAGGAUUAUUGGGAAAGAUUCUGUCGGAAACAGCAUCAAAAACAAGGUCUAUCUUCCGAUUCGACAUGGAAAGACCCUCACGACGCUCUUCGGGAGGCCGGAAAGAGAGAACUCACCAAGUUCCUCUACUGGCGCUUGCGAGUAAAGCGCGGCCGGGGUGGGCGACGGUCAAAAGGUAUUAAGAAGGCUAGUGCUCUUGACACGAACUGGAAGAUGUUUCUUCGCUAUUACGAGAAAAUCAAUGGAGACCCAAUGCCCGAUGAUCUAGGAAGAAGAAUGAGAAAGAGCAUUCGAAAAAUCGUGAAAGAGAAGGGGUUGAUUACCGACGAAAAAGAGAAGCCACCGAUGUAUAUUGAAGAUGUGGUCAUCUUGCAGGAAACGGUUCUCCGCACCAUGGAAAAGCGGUUCUAUAUUGGACUUCAACGGAUGCAGCAAUGCCUCUACAAUCUUAUGGCAUGCUUUACGGUGAAUCGAAUCAGUGCCAUGAGAAAGCUCCAAUACAAGCACCUGCAGUGCUCAAUCCAACGAGAUCCAAAAGGGGGCCGCCUCGGAUUUUACUCGAAAUCACCUACAAGUUUGCGAAAACGCAUCUCGGUAAAUACUUUCAUAAUUCCCGAGAUCAUUCACGACCCGUCGCUCAUGUUGAGCCCGCAUGAGUUUUUGCUUGGAAUUCUUUUCGAUGACGACGCUUUCCGUGCCCCUGGAAUAAAAUCCCGGGACGACCUGAGGAGACUUUGGCUGGAAGAUGGCCGACAGCAGCUUCCAUUACCACUGAAAGCUGAGAAGGCAAAUCACUAUGUUUUCUGCAAGGUCGAGGCAACCCGCGGCGUCAUUCGGGUUAUUCGAGAUCAGCCAAUCUCGACUGCAGCCUUGAGUAGGCAGUAUCAAACCUUAGGGGAAAUUGCUGGCUUUCCGAUCCUUUACACACAUUGUAACCGGUACGGUGGUGGGACAAUCCUUAAUCAGAGUAGACUUGUGAGCGAUGCACAACAAAAUUUAAUCAUGAAACACGCCAGUAUUCGAACAUUCUUGAAACAUUAUCUUCCCCGUCGUAUCGGUACAGACAUGCAGGCAUUGAUGAGAGGUCUCGAACCUGACUCGGCGAUGAUGAGAGCGGUCACUCGGAUGGGGCGAUGGGUUGACACUCGACGGCCUCGCGAGCUUACAGAUGCCCAGAAAGCAAGUGUUGAAGCGAUCCCGGAGCUACAGGACGCGAUCUACAAACGUGAUACCUUCGCUCAGAAACUUAAGCAAAGCCGCAAAAAGAGCCGCAGCAGACUGGAUCGGCUCGAAAAGCUUAAGAGGAACGUGAUGAACACACGGAGUCGGCUACUCUACGAUCUUCGUAAGCGCGUGAGGGAAGAAUUUGAUAACAGCCAGGCCGUAAAGGAUAUCCAGCGACAACUUGCUGCGGGUACCGCGGUUCAUGACGAGAAAACUAAGGAGCUACUGGCGGCCAGAGGAAAUAUGCUUCCGGAACAGAUCUACCUCCUGGAAAAACUGAUGACAUGGCCGACUUCAUGGUCCUUGGAGCGGGAGUGGGAGCGGCGAAAUGAGGCAGUCGAGGCUGUUCGUAUGUAUUGCGGCGUGCGAGAGGGUGGGCCCCGAAGAGGACGACGACCGAAGAGGCCUACUCCGGUCGAGGACGUCGCGACACAUGACCCUCUUACGCUAGCCACACAAACCCCCCAACGGUCUUUGCCGCGCGAUGAUGCUUUACGGGAGGCGGAAGUGCAUGUCCGGACGGCCGCAAAGCCUCUAGGAUGCUUUCAAUGCUUUGGAAACAUACAAGAGUCCGACCACCGCCGGAUGCAACACUAUUCUCGGCACAAGCAUCUUCUACGCCAUUUCAGGGAUACACAUCUAGAUGACCGUCACUGCAACUACUGCAACACGCCGGUUGAACAUGAAGAUGGCUUAAGAAGGCAUGCCCAUGAGAGGCAUCGUCUAAAGACCUAG